UAGGACGCCUGCAGGUUAUCCGCAGCAACUGACCAGCUCCUCAGUAUUUGCCGUCAGUGUUUGUGUGUAUAACAAUAAAACAUUGAAUCAGCGGCGGAUAAAGAGUACAGUCGCUGCUGGGAAUACAAAAGGUCAUCGUUGUUUGACCUGAGCGGGUGAGUGACGCCAUGGGGGAUUAUUACCAGAUGUUAGGAGUGCACAGGGACGCCAGUCCGGACGAUAUAAAGAAAGCGUAUAGAAAACUGGCUUUAAAGUGGCACCCGGACAAAAACCCGGAUAAUAAGGAAGAGGCCGAGAGGAGGUUUAAAGAAAUCUCCGAGGCUUACGAGGUGCUUUCAGACGAAAACAAGAGGAGUCUUUACGACCGAUAUGGAAAAGAAGGUCUAACAAAUAACGGAGGAGCAGGAGGACGUUACCACAACGGCGAUCACUUUGAAUCGUUCGUGUUCCGUAACCCGGAGGACGUCUUCAGGGAUUUCUUUGGAGGUCGCGACCCCUUCGCUGAUUUCUUUGGAGACGACCCGUUCGGAGACGAUUUCUUCUUCAGCGGGAGUCGGCGGCAGCAUCAUCAUCAUCAUCAUCAUCGCGGGAUGAGCAGGAGCCGGACGGGCGGGUCGUUCUUCGGUGGAUUCGGAGGAUUCGGGGGGUUCGGCGGGUUCCCCGCGUUCGCCCCGUCGUUCUCUUCGUUCGAUGCAGGUUUCGGCUCCUUCGGCCAGAUGAGCCAGUUAGGCGGUGGAGGCGGUUUCACCUCCUUCUCCUCCACCUCGUUCGGGGGCGGCGGCGGGGGCGGCGGCGGCGGGGGCGGUGGCGGCGGCGGCGGUGGCGGCGGUGGGGGCAGCGGGAUGGGCAACUUCCGCUCCGUGUCCACCUCCACCAAAUUCGUCAACGGCAGGAAAGUCACCACAAAGAGGAUCGUGGAGAACGGACAGGAGCGGGUGGAGGUGGAGGAGGACGGACAGUUAAAGUCGCUAACCGUAAAUGGAGAGGCCCACGAUUUGGGUCGAGAGGAGCGAUCACGGAACAGGUUGCUUCCUGGCUCCUCCUCUUCCUCCUACUACUCCACCCACUCACACCCCGCCCACUCUCACUCCGCCCAGAGAGAACGAGAAUCAGCAGCUAAAGAUCACAACGGAGUCAAGAGGAAGAAACAAGCUCAGAAGGGGGAGACAAAAAAAUCCAAAGAGUCGUGAGCGCUCUAGCGCCGGCCACACCCGCAGCGGACCGGAGCGUAACAAUAAUAAUAAUAGAAUCAUAUCGGAGUUUAUUAUUAUUCAUCAUUUCUCUUUAUAUUUGUGUUUGGAGUUUUUGCUUUUGUUUGUAGAGGUUAAAAAUCUUUUGUGUGUUUAUUAGACGCGCGUGACAAACUGACUCUUUGUUUUUGGUUUGGUAGAAACCAAUCUGAAUAUCUGGUGAAAACAGAUUGUAUAAUAAAAUAAAAUAUUAUUUCCUUUGCAUUAGAAAAAUCACCUCAGACAAGCUCAGAAAAAAAAGUGUGAAUCUGUUACCCUCGUGUGUCGUUCUGUAUGAAUAAAUGUGGUUAUGAGCUGCUAUUUUUCUACUGCGCUGAAUAACUAAUGCAGAAAAUCACGAUCACUUCAGAAAUCAGAUAUACACGAAACGCCGCCACCCAUUACACUGAUGUAAACAUGAUAUAUGAACAGAUUCCACUCAAUAGCUUUGUGUAAUGUGAGGAUCCCUCAGCGUUCCCAUCUACUGCUGCUAUGGUAGGAAUACUUUAGAAUGGCAGGACCCCCCCCCCCAUCUGAGAUUUGGUCAAAUCCCCCUCACACCUUGGUGUUCAAUUCAUGUCUACAACAUUGGGGUACCAUUAAAUGUUCAUACUGUGCUUAACAUUCGAUGUAAUUUCCUUCAUAUCACAUUACAAUAAAUCAGACCUUUCAUUCA